AUGGGAUUAGAAUGUGGACAGAAAGUGAAUCGGGUCGGCAUCGAAAUAGCUGGACCCGUCUCGCCUCCUGCCGCCGAUUCAGGAGUUUUGUUGCCUCUACAUCACGCCUCUCUGCAGCAAUCAGUUCAGAAAAGCAAUCCUACUCCUCUCCUUCACACUGAAAAUCCAUCAUCAUCUUCAUUAAAUCCUAUUCUUGCUUUUGCUGAACGGCACCGCUCUAUCCUUAAUCAGCUCCUCCGUCAAUAUACUCAAGCCUCUCUUGGAGACUCACCAUUUGUUGUAUUUUUGGCUUAUCCUCGAUGCAUUGAUUUUGAUAUUAAACGCAGAUUUUUCAGACAACAAUUGCAGCAACUUGUCGCUAGGCCUCAUGGCAGUCGUUAUGACGAUGAGCCGAUUAUUAUCUCUCGCGAACGAAUAUUCGAAGAUAGUUAUGCCCGGCUUCAUCGAAAAUCCCCAUCAGAUUGGAAACACAAAUUUGUCAUUCGGUUCCAAAACGAAGAAGGCCAAGAUGCGGGAGGUCUCUUGCGUGAGUGGUAUCUUUUGAUGAGCCGAGAGAUCUUCAAUCCAAAUUAUUGUCUAUUUCGUGUUUCGCCAGCAGAUCGCGUUACCUACACGAUAAACCCAAGUUCUUAUAUUAACAGUAACCACUUGUCGUAUUUCAAAUUUGUUGGACGCUUUAUAGCUAAGGCUAUCUACGAUAAUAAGUUGCUUGAAUGCUAUUUUACGCGAUCGUUCUAUAAACACAUUCUCGGUGUACACGUCAAGUAA